CGUGGGGGCGGGGCGAACCUGGGAAGAGGAUCAGACCGCGCAGUUCGCACUAUCAGGUCUGGGCGGGAUCAGAGAGAGACCUCAGCCGCUUUCUCCAUGGGGAUGUGUUUUCCUUGUCCGGGGGAGGCCUCGCCUCCCUCGCCGGACCUGGAAGAGAAAAGAGCAAAGCUUGCAGAGGCUGCAGAGAGAAGACAGAAGGAGGCUGCAUCUCGAGGCAUUUUGGAUGUUCGGUCUGUGGAAGAAAAGAGAAAGAAAAAAGAAAAAAUAGAAAAACAAAUUGCUGCCUCUGGGCCUCCAUCAGAAGGUGGACUUAGGUGGACAGUUUCAUGAGCGUAACAUGACUGGAAAAGUCUACUGCCAGUAACUAAUAGCUGCAAUCAAGUGGACGGCCUCAGCUAAACUUCUUCUCUUUGAAUAAAUGAAGUAAUUUGUUGUCAUUAUAGUGCCAGUAAAUGCAGUCAGUCCUUUUCCAGUAUUGAUAGACUGAAACUGCUUUUGAUUUUCAAACUUAGAAAAUGGCCAGACCCUUCAUCAAAUACUUAUUUUCUUAAAUUUGCUCUUCUACAGGUAGUGAGUGAUUUGCCAUUUUUUGGUAGUUAAAACUUGGACCUAAAUAGUGAAUACGUAUAUAUACAUAUUUAGCAUGCAACAAGUCUGCAUAUGUCUCAGACAUUAAAGUUUGCCUUUGUACUUUAUCUCCUUUAUAUGAUGACCUAGCAAUCUAUAUUUUUCUGCUUAGCCUUGUAUCUGUUUUUAUUUCGUUAUCUAUGAAAGCUUUUGCUUAAACUUACGGACUUCGUGCCUUUAAACUGACCAUCAGGGAAAAUCUUGAAAAAUCAUUUGAAGGUUUUAUGUGAAGGAACACUGUAAAUUUUUAUAUCUUACUAAUAAGUAAUGAAAAUUUGUAGGAAAUGUUGAAUUUCUCCUUAUUUAUUUUCUAUUUCUGUCGCUUAUAAAAUUAACAUAUAGGGCUUUACAUUGCAAUACAAGGUUUUUUUGCUUCUGGUGAACUUAAAAUUAUAUAUUAAUAGUACCAUCAGAGGGCAGUGACGUGCUAUUACACAAUAUCAGACUCUGCUCUAAAGAUCUAUGUGUAACUGAAUGAGUUAAACUAAAAAUCUGAUGAGCUAUAGUGAGUGAUAAUAGAUUUGUCCAAAUUUAAUAGAUGUUUUUAUUCUUUUGUAUUAAAGAAUGAUGUUAAGAUUUAUACAGAUGUGAUAUUGCCAAGGAAAAUGUGAAUGUAUGAAAUAGAAACAUGUUGGUUUCUAUUUUAAAAGGUCUACUUUAAACAUAAAAAUACUAUGAGGUAAUUCAAUGUGAUGCAUAGUCAUAAACUUUUCUAAUUUUUUUCAUUAAGAACAUGAGUUUAUAGCAUUUUUAUUUUUUUAGUUUUUCCAUUUAUUAUGUAAUAAGCUAAAAUAGGAGAAUUGCUAUAUUUUUUAAUGUGGUUGCUCAUUCUUUUGGAUGAGAAGGACACAGUCUGAGCCCUAAAUUAGAAUUUGUAGAUAGUAGGUGCCAAUAGAGACUAUACAUUUGACCAGCUUAUUUGAUUGACAGAAAGAAAACCAAGCCAUGACCGUGCUCAUCCCUCCCACAAGACCUGUGUUAUAUAGCAGUAUAUUGUAAAUGUUAAUUUUAAAGAAGUUGAACUAUAUUAUAGGUCUCUUGACUCUUCAUUGGAAAAAUUAUUUUUUGUAUUAUGACAUAAAAUAGUUUAUGAAUAUCCAGGCAAGACAUAUAUUUAGGCUCAGUUUUUCUUCAUUCUGUAGAAGAUUAGUGGUAUUUUUGUUGAUAAAUGAUAGCAAAAUCCUUGAAUUGUACUUUAGAAAUAAAAUUCUUGACUUUAUGAACAUGAUUAAUUUCUCCAAGGCAGAAAGGAAGAAAAAGAUCAUCAGUAGUUGAAUAGAUAUAAAAGCAGAGUAUACUAUCCUUGAACUGUGCAAAUCCUUCCUUCUGCUUUACAAUAGAAAGAACCAAUUUUAUCUGUACUACAUUUUAGGAAAUACAACUUAAGCUGGUGUAAACAAAGGCUUAUAUCCAGGGGAUAAUGCCCUAUUUCUACUAGAGUUUAUAUCCAGAUACCGUGCUUAUUUACUGUUGAACCGUGAGUGACACGCGGGUGUUCUGCUUUCUGUGAACAGUGGGAUAAUCUGCUCCAGCCAAUCAUGCAUGGCCUGCUUCCACGGGUGUAAUCAGCUUUCCCCAAAACCAUAUGGGCUGUAUGGGCUAAAGGGUGAUCCUCAGGUGUUAAGAAUAGUUUUAGGAAGGGGAAGGGGAAAAGAGGAGACUACAUGCCUGAUUGGAAGUGACUAUUUAAAAAAAAAAAAGUACAUAUAUAUCCAAGAAUUUCCCUCAUCAAGUUAUGAAUCAGUUCCUGAUGAAAACUUAACUUGGAGCCAGUCUCCCAUAAAUCAUAAUUCAAAUAGGAAAACAUGGUAAUGCUUAAUGUGUCACCCAAACCCUCCAACAAAUUACUAAAAUGUAACUGAAACAGUAAAAUGCUUCUAUGUAACUAUCAUAUUAAGAUAUAAAAUGCUUCUUAAUUCUAAUCAUCAGACUAAUAUGACUGGUAACAAGUAGUUGUAUAUUGUCAUACAGCCCCUUUGUUAACAUGCUGCAUGUUUUUUUAAAUGCCUAUAUGUGAUACAAUGAUUCCACCAACUGUAUUUGGAAUGUAAUUAAUAAUUUUCACACACAUGGUUUGUUAUAAAUUCUGUAUUGCCUUAUGGGGACAUAAAUAUACUUCCUAUUUAAAAAUU